UUUCAUAAUUUGCAUAACUUUGUUUGGUUAUGGAAGGUCAUCUGAAGGAAACACUUGACGGCCAGGCAUCGCCAAAUACCCUGGGUCCGAAUCCGCCUUCGCCUCCGGCCGCACCUUCAACUGCUUUUCUGUACGAGGACGAGAAUAUUGCUGCUGCUGUUGCUGCUGCUCCUGCAGCUACACCUCUCAUGGACGAGAGUCCAGGCAGUCCGCCGGAGCUUACAGAAGAGGAGGAUGUUCAGUAUGAGUAUGACGGCCAGGCAUCGCCAAAUACCCUGGGUCUGAAUCCACAUCAAAGUGCUUUUCUGUACGAGGACGAGAAUAUUGCUGCUGCUGUUGCUGCUGCUCCUGCAGCUACACCUCUCAUGGACGAGAGUCCAGGCAGUCCGCCGGAGCUCACAGAAGAGGAGGAUGUUCAUGACGUCCCCAACAGCAUGCUUAAUUUGGAAGUCACUUUGGAGAUCUUUGCGAUAGAGUAUCUGGAUUCGUCCGACGAUGGGGAUGGGCCCUGGGACGAAUACGAGGAGGACCAAUACCCCGAUGGCUACUACUAGGCGAGCACCUUGGUUCGCACCGAUUCGCCACCGAUGAAGGCUGCUGUCUCCGUGGCCAACCACAAAAGCGUGAACGGAAGCCCACAAUCCCACACAUCUUUUUAAUAGAUAUAGCCACGCCAUUUUAAAAUUGUAUCCUACAAUAAAUAUUAAUUGAAAAUACA